AUGCUUAACACUAAUUACGCCAAAACUCCAUUCCCAUUAACUCGUGGGUAUUUUAAGAAUAAUGAUGUUCAAAACCAAGACGAAGAUAAAGAAAUCGUUAAAAAGAAAGUUAGAAAAAUCGUUAAAAAGAAAAUGUUGUCAGGUCAGAGAAGGAUCAAAAAGAAACUAGAAUUUAGUACUUCUGGAGGGACGUGUCGAAACGAAAAGGGCAUGUGUCGAACUGAAAAGGGAAUGUGUCGAACUGAAAAGGGAAAGUGUCGUAAAGAUAGAGACAAGUGUCGUAAUGAAAAGGACAAAGACCAUCUUUACGUAUGUUCCAUAUGCAAGAAAAAACAAUACAAGUAUAGAAGGAACAAAUUAAGACAUGAAAAAUACGAAUGUAUCACUGGGCCUCAGUUCGGGUGUGAAAUUUGUGGCAAAAAAUAUUCUCAAAAAAAAAACUCUUAUUUCCCACGUGGCUCUUAA